AUGAAGAGUAGACCGGACUUUAAAGCUGAUAUUACUGCGCAACGAUUUGCAUACGCUCAUCUGUCUUGGGAGAUGAGUACCAACAUUCCAUUAGAGGGUAGAAGUCGAUUGCCGCAAAAGAUUCAGGAUGUGGUACAAGAAAGUGGAGCUAUUGUUACACAAGUCGUGAAUUCUUCUCGAUCUAAUGAGGUGGUGAUUUAG